AUGAAUUCAGAAAAAUCCAAACCAACCAAAUCUGCUCUCAAGUCAUUUUUGUCUGGGGCAUGUGGAGGGUUGACUCUGGUUUCAGUUGCACAUCCAUUUGACUUGAUCAAGGUGCGAAUGCAAACAGCAGGACCCAAUGCUCCCUCUAUGUCUACGUUUCAGGCUGUCAAAAAAAUUGUUGCUGCAGAUGGCCUUUUAGGCUUAUAUCGAGGAGUCACUCCAGUUCUGCUGGGCACACCACCAGUACUGGCUACUAAUUUUUGGGCCUAUUUUUUGUGCCAACAAAUCGUGUUUGACCUUACUGGCGGUGAUUCCAUCGUAAAUCAGCUUUCACUCAAUCAGAUCGGCAUGGCAGGUGCCUUGGCGGCUAUCCCAACAUCUAUCUUGCUAGGACCAGCCGAGCAACUCAAAAUUCGAUUGCAAAUUCAAAAAACAUCGAUGCAAUCUGGGUCAGUCAAACGUCAAGGAGUAACAAGUAUUAUGCGAGAUAUUAUACGGGAGGGUGGUGUUAAAGCUAUUUUUCGUGGCACAGGGUUUACGAUUCUAAGAGAUACGCCCGGAAGUUAUUUUUAUUUUCUAGUAUAUGAAGGACUCAAACGGUGUUUUAAGCGUGAUGAUUCAGACUAUGUUCAUCCUGCUGCUGUUAUGCUUUGUGGAGGUGCUGCUGGUAUGGUCAACUGGAUCAUUGCAAUUCCAGUGGAUACAGUUAAAUCUAGACUGCAAUCGGCUGCUGCAUGCGAUGCAUCUGUGAAAAAAAUAGUGGGUAAACUGUUGGCAGAAAGUGGUCCAGCUGGAUUUUUUAAAGGACUGGGUCCGACUCUUCUCCGUGCUUUCCCUGCCUCUGCUGCUUUCUUUUUUGGUGUUGAAACCAGUAGUCAAUUUAUGGACCGAUAUUUUUAA